GAUUCCAGUUGGGAUCAUGGAGUGUCAUUGUUGCAGCAGGGCUCUCGCAAAGUUGUUACAUCGUCGAUAAGCUGGGAAGGCGAGGUCGACCAGCUCGCGCUGGACCAUGGUGUUCUUUUUAACCCUGGGACGUCUCGAGACUGGAUGCAGAGCUUCGAGAGUGUCGAUGUCAAUGGACGCUACUGUUCUCUUUGCAGCAUGCCCCCGAAAGAGCGUGCGCCCAAUAAGUCCUACCUGCAGCGUAGCGACUGCGGCAACAGCAGCUACUGGGAACACCCUGAGAAUGGCAAGCUGCCCUUGAACACCUUCAUGAAGAAUGCCACGGCAGAGCACAACGUUACAAAUGGGUGGUGUGAGCUCAACUUUGAAAAGGGCUGCGCUGAUGCCGUCUACAACCGGGACUAUAUGUUUUUUGCCAAAAGCGUGGUGUGGCCUAACAGCUCAGUAGCUUCUUAUGACCAGCACUUCUGCUACUACAACGGUUGGCUGUCCCCUGAGAUCAGGGCAUUGCAGCACGACUACGAGGGCCUGACUGCGAAAGCCACGGAGUUCUGCAACUCAGAUCAUCUCAUCAAGCUGGGGUCAAAGGGCAACAUUACCUUGAAUGAGAUGAUGGCAAGAUUCCAAGCAGCAAAACCCGGCACUGCUGGCAGCCGGCCGUCCAUGGAUGAUGCACACUUCAUUGCCGCAUGGGCGUGCGCCAUGGGCGGCCCGGCCUGUGACAUGGCCUACUGUGCGUACACAUUCUGCAAGAAAGAGGACGGCAGCCUCGGCAUCUACGAUGACUGCCCGGGGUGGGACCCCGUCAGAGGGAUGCCAAUAGGGUAG